GCCAGCCUCCGACCCACCGCGGCAGGCGCUGCCCUCCUUCCUUCUCCCUGUCUGUGCGUCUCCGCGGUGGAGGAGCUUGAGCGCUGCUGGGAGCCAGGCUCGGCGGCACCAUGGCGGUGGAGGAAGAGGGGCUCCGGGUUUUUCAGAGCGUCAGGAUUAAAAUAGGAGAAGCCAAAAAUCUUCCUACGUAUCCGGGGCCAAACAAGAUGAGGGAUUGCUACUGUACUGUAAACCUGGACCAGGAGGAGGUUUUCAGGACCAAAAUAGUGGAGAAAUCACUAUGCCCCUUCUAUGGAGAAGACUUUUACUGUGAAAUUCCUCGGAGUUUUCGUCACCUGUCAUUUUACAUUUUUGAUAGAGAUGUUUUCCGAAGGGAUUCCAUCAUAGGAAAAGUAGCUAUACAGAAGGAAGAUCUGCAGAAGUACCAUAACAGAGACACCUGGUUUCAGCUACAGCAUGUUGAUGCUGAUUCAGAAGUACAGGGAAAGGUACACCUAGAGCUGAGACUGAGUGAAGUUAUAACAGACACUGGUGUCAUUUGCCAUAAGCUUGCAACACGAGUUCUAGAAUGCAAAGGCCUCCCAAUAGUGAAUGGACAAUGUGAUCCCUAUGCCACAGUUACCUUAGCAGGACCAUACAGAUCUGAAGCCAAAAAGACUAAAGUUAAAAAGAAGACAAACAAUCCGCAGUUUGAUGAAGUGUUUUAUUUUGAGGUAACCAGACCUUGCAGCUACAACAAAAAAUCCCAUUUUGAUAUUGAAGAUGCCGACGAGGUGGACAAAAUGGAGAUUAGAGUAGACCUUUGGAAUGCCAGCAACUUGAAGUUUGGAGAUGAGUUUCUAGGAGAGCUAAGACUUCCUUUAAAAUGUCUCCGACAAUCCAGCUCUUAUGAAGCAUGGUAUUUCCUGCAGCCCAGAGAUAAUGGCAACAAGUCAUUGAAGCCAGAUGACCUUGGUUCCUUAAGGUUAAAUGUGGUUUACACUGAGGACCAUGUUUUUUCCUCAGACUAUUACAGCCCACUUAGAGACCUCCUGUUAAAAUCUGCAGAUGUUGAGCCUGUUUCAGCAUCUGCUGCACAUGUGUUGGGUGAAGUUUGCAGAGAAAAACAGGAAGCAGCCAUACCUCUGGUUAGACUUUUUUUACACUAUGGCAAAAUUGUGCCUUUCAUCAGUGCAAUUGCAAAUGCUGAAGUGAAGAGAACUCAAGACCCCAACACCAUUUUCAGAGGAAAUUCAUUAACUUCCAAGUGCAUUGAUGAGACCAUGAAACUGGCAGGGAUGCAUUAUCUUCAGGUUACACUAAAGCCAAUUAUAGAUGAGAUCUGCCAGCUCCACAAAUCUUGUGAAAUUGAUCCUGUGAAGUUAAAAGAUGGUGAAAACCUGGAAAAUAACAGGGAAAAUCUGAGGCAGUAUGUUGACCGCAUUUUUACUGUCAUUACGAAAUCUGGGGUGAGCUGUCCUACAGUGAUGUGCGAUAUUUUCUUUUCACUGAGAGAGUCAGCUGCCAAACGUUUUCAAGGUGACCCAGAUGUACGGUAUACAGCUGUAAGCAGUUUCAUUUUCCUGAGAUUCUUUGCUCCUGCAAUUCUUUCUCCAAAUCUCUUUCAGCUUACACCACACCACCCAGAUCCUCAGACCUCUAGAACAUUGACACUUAUCUCUAAGACCAUACAAACAUUGGGCAGCUUAUCAAAAUCUAAAUCUGCCAGCUUCAAGGAAUCUUACAUGGCAACUUUUUAUGACUAUUUUAAUGAGCAGAAAUAUGCAGAUGCAGUAAAAAAUUUCUUAGAUUUGAUUUCAUCCUCUGGGAGGCGAGAUCACAAGAGUAUAGAGCAACCCAUACUGCUUAAAGAAGGGUUUAUGAUCAAAAGAGCGCAAGGAAGAAAACGAUUUGGUAUGAAAAACUUCAAGAAGAGAUGGUUUCGCCUGACUAACCAUGAAUUUACUUACCAGAAAAGCAAAGGUGAUCACCCACUGUGUAGCAUUCCGAUAGAAAACAUUCUGGCGGUGGAGAAAUUGGAGGAGGAGUCCUUUAAAAUGAAAAAUAUGUUCCAAGUGAUUCAGCCUGAGAGAGUCCUGUACAUCCAGGCAAAUAACUGUGUCGAGGCCAAGGACUGGAUUGACAUACUUACUAAAGUUAGCCAGUGCAACAAGAAACGCCUCACAGUCUACCACCCUUCCGCAUACCUUAAUGGACACUGGCUGUGCUGUAAGGCCACUGCAGAUAAUACUCCUGGCUGUACGCCCUGCACUGGAGGCCUCCCUGCAAAUAUACAACUAGACAUAGAUGGAGAUAGAGAAACUGAACGCAUCUACUCCCUUUUCAACUUAUAUAUGCCUAAAUUGGAGAAAAUGCAAGAGGCCUGUGGCAGCAAAUCUGUAUAUGAUGGGCCAGAACAAGAAGAGUAUUCAACAUUUAUCAUUGAUGACCCAAAGGAGACUUAUAAAACACUAAAGCAGAUCAUAGAAGGUGUUGGAACUUUGGAACAGGAACAUGCUCAGUAUAAGAGGGAUAAAUUCAAGAAGACAAAAUAUGGAAGCCAGGAACAUCCUAUUGGGGACAAGAGUUUCCAGAGUUACAUCAGGCAGCAAUCUGAAAUCUCAGCACAUUCCAUUUAAAGUGUGAAGGAAAUCACAGGAUGGUGCUGAAGGGUCAAAUCGAUGAAGCGACAAGCUUAAAAACUAAAAUAAAAGGGAAGCCACAUGUAGCAAAAUGUAGAUAAGUGUCAAGCUUACAAACUUUGGGACUUGCUAAGUGUGUUGUUCUCUCUCCAAGAACUGUUACGAUAGUUGCUAUGCACUUUAUUCAUCUGGUUAUCAACAGAUGACUGAACUCUGCCUUCUAGGCAGCUGCUGUUGUGUGUGAGUGUGUGUAUGUGUGUGUGUGUGUGUAUGUGUGUGUGUGUGUGAGUGUGUGUGUGUAUAUGUUUUUAUAUUUGCUUCGGUUUCUUGGAAUCUAGUGAUCAGUUCAAUGAUCAAGGUGUGUGGACUUCAUCUUGACACUCUGGCAAUUCCUUACGUUGCUGAAACCAAGCAAGCUGUUGAAAGGCAGCAUUUUCUAGAAUUGUUUGUUACUGUUUUGGGGGGUGUUUUUGUUCCUAGUUACUGUAUGUUAUGUCACACAUCCGCAUGGUAUAUUAGGAAAAGCUUAGCAACACUUUGCUUUAAAUGCCUACAUUAAAAAAGGAAGUGGUAAAAAAAACAACCCUCUUUUUUUAGUGUCGUCUCCCACAUCGUAGCUUGCAUUAUCAAGAGCUGGUCGAGGAGCAGGCCUUUUGUUUUUACAGUAGCAUAAUUUCUGUUAAAGAUGCACAGUUUUUAAUUGAAAUCCAGAUCUGAAUGGUACUCUUGAUAUUUUUGAGAUACAACGUUGUUUCUACAAAACCUUCAGUGGACAUUUUUGUUUUCAAUAUGAAAUCUUGGUUCUCUAAUGAAAUUAACUAAAACGAAUUAGAGUAGGUGAAAGAAAAUGUCUAGCAUGGACAUUAGUUUGCUAUACAGUCUAGUCACAGUAAGAUUUGAAUGGCUAUUUUAAGGAGAUUAGAUAGACAAGGUGGGGGCAGUGAUAUAU